GUAACAGGGAUGUGGAGGAAAAUCGUUUGGUUACUUUUUUUUGCUUUUGUUACCGAUGCAGGAAAAGUUCUGAUAAUGCCUAGUUCUAUUUUUCCUGUUCAUCGGUUCACUAUGCGCCAUUUGGCUGCCGAAUUAGUUAAACGGAAUCACGAGGUUACAUGGUUUGAAUACGGUUUACAGAAGCCUGUUGUGGAAUUACCGGUUGGCGUGCAAGAAGCUUUUUACGAAGUAAAAUUAGAAGAUCCAGAAGUUUACGAUAUUUAUGUCCAUCAUAACCAUUCGAUUCACACUCGUAUAUGGUCCGGUGACUUCAAUGACGAUGCUGAACAGACGUCCGCUUGGAUUUUGAGCUUGAGACUAUGUGAUAAACUGCUGGAAACAAAAAAAAGUGUUUUUGAUAAUCUGGUGGCGGAACGCUUCGAUACGGUUGUUCUUGAUGAUUUGUAUAAUCCUUGUGGUCUACUUCAUGUUGGUCUUCAAAAGAGCGUUUUCAUCUACUGGUCACUAACAGCGCUACGGACCGAAUCAGCGUGGGCGAACCAAAGUCCGAGUCCGCCAAGCUAUCUGCCAGUACCUGGAACCGGACUAACGGAUGAACUUAACUUUUGGGAACGAUCUUAUAAUAUGGCUGCUUACCUAAAAGCUAUUUAUAUUCAUCAACAUGUUAUAUUAAGGAGAAUUGACAAGAAAUACUAUUCGGGAGAGGUGCCAGAGGCUUUUUAUAUUGAACGGAACGCUUCAAUCAAUUUUGUGAACACUCCUCCUAUUUUUGACUUUGCUAGGCCCUAUAUGCCAAGGGUUAAUUUUGUUGGUGGGUUACAUUGCAAGGGAGCAGGACCUUUAAAAGGGGAAUUAGCAUCUUUUUUCGAACAAGCAAAUAAUGAUCGGGGUGUGAUUUUGUUUUCCACAGGUUUUACUGGGCAUUGGAAGAGAGCUCCGAAGCGCAUUAUAGAUAUUUUUGUUUCUGCAUUCGCUGAAAGGAAAGAUGUGAUGUUUGUAUGGCAGUACGAUGGUCCGGAGCUUAAACAUUUGUCUUCAAAUGUUUACAUAAAAAGUUGGCUGCCGCAACAGGAUAUACUUGGCAAUCCGAAAACUAAAGCUCAUAUUUCUCAUGGUGGUCUCAAUAGUGUCAUUGAGAGCAUGUGGCAUGGAGUACCUGUGAUUGGAUUUCCCCUCACUGCUCGGGGCUACGAUAAUUUGUUACGAGUGACAGCAAGAAACGCUGGAAUUAUGCUGUUCAAAAGAAACAUAACUAAGGAAGCUGUGUUGGAAGCCAUUGACUGCAUUUACAAAACUAAAUACAGAGAAGAGGCUCUAGUGUUUAGAGACAUGGUCACUGAUGUCCCGUACUCGGAGCUCAAUCAUUCGGCUUUUUGGGUCGAGUUUAUAGAACGACAUCAGGAAGUUCCACAUGCACGAUCAGGCGCUGAUCACUUGAACAUUCUUCAAUACUUUCUCGUUGAUGUCAUCGCGUUCUUGCUCUCUAUUUUGGUUUUGAUUAUAAUUACAGUUUUUUAUAUGUUGAAAUUAUUUGUCCGUUUGUUUCUCUAUGCCUGCUGUAUUCUUACAAGCAGUUUUCCUCGGAAACCUUCGCCUCGCAAAAAGAAAAGGGACUGA